AUGAUUAAUGAAAUCGUUACUAGUCCAAGUAACGACGCAUUAAAAUAUCAAAAACGUAUAAAUGGUAACGAUGGCGAUGGUCAUCGUUCAGAUAAUAAGGAUUCUUCUAGUAACAUAUUCCAUAACAAUAAAACAAGAUUUUUUAAUACCAUACUAAAACAAAAUCUAACUGACGCUACUAGGCUGCUCUCAACUUCUCCUGAGGAUGAUUCUCUCUAUAAAUGUGUCUCUAAGGACUCAUUAUCGUCAUUACAAAAUCUGGCGGAUUCUCAUAACAGUAACAUAAGCAUAAAAAAAUAUCUAAUACAGGACCAUUCUUCAUAUAAUCUACAUUCAUUAUCAUCAUUCCCAUCAUCUCAUGCAUAUUCCUCUAUAAAUCAAACAAAUUUCUUAGCACCAAGGAAAAAAUUUACUGGUUAUCAAAUAUCUGGUUUCAAAAAAUAUCAAGUCAACGUAACGAUAAAUACAAUAAAUUUACCAAAUUUAAAUGAACAUACAGUGGUUACAGAACCUCAUAUAACAGGUUUCCUAACAAUAAAGGGCCUAACUAAUAAUCAUCCCGAAAUUUCAACUUUCUUUGAAUCAUUCGUAGUAACAGAUAAUAAUUUUGGGUUUAUGUCAUCUUCAUGGGGUAAUUUAGACCAAUUAGAAAAUUUUAAAUCCAAUAAUGAAAUUGAUAUGGAACAUUGGCUAAAUUUCCCUCAAUUUAAAAAAAUUUCAUUAAUGUCAAAUAAUUCAAACUAUAUUCCAAACUAUAUUAACCAAAGAUACAUAUUCAUGAGAUGGAAAGAAAAAUUCUUGAUCCCAGACGCUUUCAUAAAUAAUGUAGAGGGUGCUUCAUACGAUGGAUUCUACUACAUCGUUCAUGAUCAGAUUUUAGGUACUUUCCAAGGUUUUUACUAUCAUAAGGACGCUGAAAAGUUCCAACAGCUAGAAUUGGUCCCAAUACAAUCAAAUACAAAAAAUGAUUGUUCGUUUGAAUUCGCUUGA